AUGGCUGGACCCAAGAUCACGCUCUACGUCGAUAUCGUUAGUCCAUUUGCGUAUUUGGGGUAUUACAUGCUACGGAACUCUCCCGUCUUCCGGCCCGUGCAAGUCACUUAUGUUCCCAUUCUCUUGGGCGGGUUGAUGAAAGCCUGCGGCAACCGCGCCCCCAUCGAAAUCCGCAACAAAAACAAAUGGAUCUCUCUAGAACGCACCCGCUGGGCCCGCCAAUUCAACAUCCCUAUGUCCGCCGACUUUCCUUCUGGUUUUCCAAAGCCCACACUACACGUCCAACGCUUCCUCACAGCAUUGGACAUGUCUCGUCCCGACCUGGUGACGCCGGCGCUCGAUACACUGUAUGCGGCGCUCUGGACCGAGCCCAAUGAGGCCAACCUCCCCGAUCCGAAAGUCUUUGGACCGAUUCUUGCCAAGGUCCUGGGAGAAGAGGUGGUGAAGGAGAACAUGGCGGCGAUGAACACGCCGGAGGUCAAGAACCAGUUGGCCAAGAAUACCGAUAAAGCAAUGGAGGAUGGGGCGUUUGGAUUGCCGUGGUUUCACUGCGAGGAUGCGCAGGGGAAUGUGGAGGGGUUCUGGGGCUUUGAUCAUCUGGGCCAGGUGGUGAGGUUUUUGGGGCUGGAUAAAGAUGGGAAGGGAGAGAUUAGGGCACUAUUGUGA